AUGGAGGAUUACUUGAAGGUGUUUGUGGAGGAGACAUCGUUUUACAAUCGUCUCGUUUUAGGUACACUGUUGCCGGAAUCAUGGUGGGGACCACUUCCUCACUUGCUUCAAGGAUGGCUCCGUAACUACAUUGGCGCUCUUCUAAUUUACUUCAUCUCCGCUUCCCUUUGCUCUUUCUACGUCUAUCACUUGAAGCGCAAUCUCUAUAUUCCCAAAGAUGAGGCCAUACUAUCAAAGCAAGCAAUGGUGUUGCAGAUAUCAGUUGCCAUGAAAGCUAUGCCUUGGUACUGUGUACUUCCAUCAUUUUCUGUGUACUUAAUUGAAAAUGGAUGGAAUAAAUGUUUUGCAAGAAUAAGUGAUGUUGGAUGGCUUACCUACUUCAUCAAAUCAUCUAUUUAUCUUGUAAUAAUUGAGUUUGGAAUCUAUUGGAUGCAUAGAUUAAUGCAUGACAUAAAACGUCUCUACAAAUAUCUGCAUUCUACUCAUCAUAUUUACAACAAGCAAAACACACUUUCACCGUUUGCUGGAAUGGCACUGCACCCAUUGGAUGGAGUACUGGAGGCGAUGCCACAGGUGUGGCCUGUAACGGGUGCUGGCUAUCAUACAAUUCAUCAUACAACAUAUCGACAUAAUUAUGGUCAUUACACAAUAUGGAUGGACUGGAUGUUUGGGACUCUUAGUCAUCCUGUUGAUGAACAGGAUGACAAGAAAAUGUAA